CUGGAGACUCGGAGUCACUGUUGCCUUAGGGUCCCUGUUGCGGUUUCAGAAGGCAGGAUCUAGAGGCAGCAAAGUUACACAGGUGCAAGGCCCAGGGCGUUCUUUUCGUUUUGAUUUUCUCACAAUUUCCUUUCCUGACUCAGGGUAUCUUCAGACCAUCUUGAAAAGGAGGGAAAGAUGACUAGGAUGGCUCAGCCCUACCCUUCUUGGGUUUUCAUCAAUGACAGGACAUUCAUAACCAGGGAACAACUUAAUUCUUUAUUGAAUACCUAUAACAUUUUUUAUGAGAACCAGAAAAAUCUGCAUAUUUUAUGUGGACAGACUGAAGAUGGGAAACUAAUUGUUGAAGGAAUGCUGGACAUUUUCUGGGGAGUAAAACAACCUAUACAGCUGAAGAUACAAGAUGAAAAGCAGAUCUCUUCUUUUACCACACUGAAGUUAUCAGACGCCUUUUCCAGCAAAGGGAGAAUGACAUGCUGGGGGGAAUUUGAUGAUCUUUAUAAUAUUACUGACCUGGACAGAAACCAGAUUGCAGUGUCUGAAACAAGGAAUUCUCCGGAUGAUUAUUUAUCUUAUCACAGCAGAACUCUGAACCCAUAUGCAGAUGAAGAACCAGAAUCCCCAUUGCUCUACAGAACUAUGAGUGAAGCAGCCCUGGUGAGAAAAAGGACAAAGCCUUUGAUAGUGGACAGAAAAGAACAGCACUUCCACAGGGCCUCUAUUAACGGACAUUUCUAUAACUAUGAAACAUCGAUUUUUACCCCAGCCUUUGGAUCAGAAACUAAAGUCAGAAUAAACAGUAACAUGAGAACUGAAGAAGUAAUCAAGCAACUUCUCCAAAAAUUUAAGAUUGAGACUAGUCCUCGGUAUUUUGCUCUGUACAUUAUUUUUGCGACGGGAGAGCAGAGACAGCUAAAUAAAACAGAUAUUCCGCUACUGCAGAGGCUUCUACAAGGACCUUCCAGAAACAAUGCUCGCAUUUUUCUCAUGGAUAAAGAUACAGAAGAAAUUAGUAGUGAUGUGGCUCAGUACAUUAACUUUCAUUUUUCUCUCUUGGAAUCCAUUCUUGAAAGACUAAAUGAAGAAGAGAAAAGAGAGAUUCAAAGAACAGUAACAAAAUUUAAUACAGAAAAAGCCAUUCUACUGAAAUGUCUUCAAAGUAAACGUGCAGUAAAAACAGAGACAACAGUUUAGCAGUACAAGCUUCUAUUGCUGUAUCAUUUCAAAACUGUUAGGAAAUGUUACUAUUUGGUGAAUGCAUAAGGUCCAAAGUUGCAUUCAAAUAUAUACGACCUCGAAUCUAUAGAAAACUAAGAAUCAGAAGAGCUUGUUUCUCUUUGAAGUGAUGAGUUAACUAGAUUUCACAGGUAAACUAAAAUGAGAUUGAGUUUAGUUUCAGUAACUGAAAACAUCUUGGAUACUGUGUAUACCAAGUAUCUUUUAUAGUAAAACAUGUAAUAAACUUGAAUGUAAGUGGCAUCAUCAGAUAUCAUACAGUUUCAAAUUCUUUUAGCUUGAACCUGAAGAAAACAGAAGCAUCAGCAACCAACUCAGAAAUAACCAGAAGUUGAUGCUGCCAGUUUUUGAAAUAAAUAAGAAGUGCAUUCUUACACCAUCAAGGAUCUGAUGGCAACUUCAUGGCUCUAGCAUUUUCAUAAAAUCUAUGAUUAUAUAUGGGUUGAUGGUUUUUGAAUGUCUGUAAUACUAGAGAUAUUUGUUCUUUGGAAAAGAAAAGAUGAUGGACUCUAUUAAGAAAUCCAGAUUAUAAUUUUCUCAACUUUGGCCGUUCUUUUUCUCUUUCUCUGCUCUAUUGAUCACUUUCAAAACUAUUAUUAAGCCCUUUAAAAAUCAGUGUAAUUUUUUUUCUUUAUCCAAAUAAAUAUACCAAAGAGACUUAAUAUAUUG